AUGGUGGUUCCUCUGAAAGAAGACUGGCAACUGAUAGCAUCAAACUUCGAACACAGAUGGCACUUCCCCCACUGCCUCGGUGUCAUUGACGGUAAACAUGUGGUAAUCAGAGCUCCAAGAAAUUCUGGCUCUUUGUACAGAAACUACAAAGGCACAUUUUCAAUUGUACUUUUGGCGUUGGUGAAUGCGCAUCUUCAUUUUAUCUGCAUUGAUGUUGGGUCAUUUGAGAGAAAUAGUGAUGGGGAGAUCAUUUCUCAUUCCAAUUUCGGAAAACUGCUGGCUGCUGACAGCCUUGAUCUGCCUGAGGACUCUUCACUUCCAGGGGCCCCUCAUCUUGGCCCCAUGCCCUAUGUAUUUGUGGGAGAUGAAGCUUUUCCCCUUAAAAAACACAUUCGGCCGUUUCCAGGCAAGACGUGUCCCAUACAGCAGCAGAUUUUCAAUUAUCGCCUCUCCAGGGCACGUCGAGUGGUUGAGAAUGUUUUUGGGCUGUUAGCUGAGAGAUGGAGAAUAUUCCACACUAAGAUAGAUGCGAGACCUCGGUUGGUGGUUGAUAUCACCAAAGCUGCGUGUGUCUUGCACAACAUGCUGCAGAGUCAGUCUACUCCUAUUGAAGUGAUGAGCCUGUUGGAAGAACAGAAAGGAUCCGACCGACCCCAACACUUUUUGCACAUACAAAGUGGGGCAAAAGAGCUGGGCAUAAGGCAAUGGAACUGA